CUUUUAACGAGCGCACGUAUUUUACAACUCGAUUACUUAGGUACCUAUCGGUCGCAGUGGCCAGUGCAUCUCAAACUUCUAUUACCGUUUGGCGUGGUUGUAUAUUUUAGUGCCCAAAUAUGGUCAAGUGCAUUAGGUGUGGUGACGAGGUCCAGGAUUACGCAAAGUGUAGCAGUUGCAUGAAUUUUUAUGACUUCCCAUGCGCUGGUAUUACUGAGAAGGGCUACCGCAAGCUGGGUGCCGACCGUCAAGCCGCUUGGAGAUGUCCCCAUUGCAAGACUGGAACGGCGACGGGGGAAACCUCCGCACAGCCGCAGGAUAUAACGUCAGCUGCAUCUGGUUUUGCGCCACCAUCGUGCGGGUCACCGAAGCCUGCUACACUGGAGCAUGUCAUGGAGGAGCUUAACAAGAUCAAACUCACCCUGGCUCCCCUUCUUGCGGUGAUGGAAGGUAUCAAGGAGAUCAAGAGCGAGAUUCUGGAAGUUAAGUCUUCGGUAACUGCGGUUUCCAAUAAGUUGCAAAACUUGGAUGCAAGACUUCAAGUUGUGGAAAGGGCACAAGACGAUGCAUUAAAAUUAGAACAGCGCAUAUCCCAAUUGGAGAGCGAUCUUAAUGAAAAAAAUCAAUGGGCGCGGCUGAAUAAUGUAGAAAUUAAAGGAGUUCCAAUGAAGGACCGGGAAAACCUGUUUAACGUAGUUACAGCUAUUGGUUCUAAGAUCAUGUAUCCUAUAACCAAACAAAGCAUCAACUUCGUGACUAGAGUCCCAUCCAAAGACAACCAUUCUAAACCGAUAAUACUAUCGUUCAUAAAUCGAUAUGUAAAGGAGGACUUCAUCGCCGCUGCACGUUCUACCAAAAAGCUUUAUCCUACCGAUAUAGGUCUAGAAGGUACUAAUCAGAUUUUUGUAAAUGACCACCUCACGGUACAAAACAAGAUACUUUUCACAGAAGCUAAAAAACUUGCUAAAGCUAAGGAUUAUGAUUUCAUUUGGGUAAAAAACUCAAAGAUUUUUGCCAGAAAAAGUCCGGAAUCCAAGGUUAUAACCAUAAAAAAUUCGAAAGACUUGGACAAAAUUCAUUAACACCUUACAU